CGAGAUGCCGCGCGCUCCAUCUCCGCCUCCCUCGGACACGACCACCCCCGACGACAUAUCUUACCCUUCCUCUUCUUGCCUGUGUUGUCAGCGUGUUUUCCUUGGAGUGGUUGUCCUAUCCCUGAUCCACUAUGUUGGGCCAAUAGCACCGACCGUCAUACCUUAAUCGUGCCACAUCACACCCGCCGCCGCCGCCGCCGCCGUCGCCGCCAUGGCCGACGAGAAGCACCUCUACGACCCCCCGGAACUCCCGCCCAUUCCGUCGUACGAAGAAGCGACCAGCUCCCGCCAUGCAUCGACCGCCCGCCGUGGGCCGAACGAGGUCAGCGACGACGCCGAGCGGCAGGGCCUCCUCUCCCCCGACGUGCACGUACAGGGCAGCGGUCCAGCGCGGCGCAGUGGCUACUACCACCCGCCGUCGGUGCAGUCGGUCGACGAUGGCGACUCGGAGCUGGGCAGCCCCGUGCGCGAGAGCCACGACGAGGACCAGCGGCAGAUCAUGGAGGAGAUGGGCAUCCUCGACCCCGAGAGCGCCGAGGACGGGCGCGCACGCCGCAACCGCAGCCGCGGCCGCUUCUCCAAGCGCUUCUACAGCUUCACGAGCAGCCUGUCGUCGCUCAACCUGCCGCGGCUCAGCUGGCCGCGCCGCUUCCGCCCCAGCUUCGCUUUCGUCACCGACCGCCUGCCCGCCGUGCCCGACGCGUACAAGCCCGGGUGGAGCGUGAUCGCGCGGCUGUGCGGCCUGAUCGUCAUCGUCUCGCUGGUCUACAUGCUGGUGGUGAGCGAGGUGGUGCCCAUGGGCGGCGGCUUCGGCGCGCAGUUCAACGCCGAGUGGGUGCGUCAGCAGGCCCAGAAGAACAUCGAGGGCUGGCGCAUCGAGAAGACGCUCGAGUACAUCACUAGCUACGACCACCUGGGCGGCACCGAGGGCAGCUACGUGCUCGGCCAGUGGAUCGAGGGCAAGUUCAAGGACGCCCACAUGGACACGUUCACGCACGACGAGUACUGGGUGUACAUGAACUACGCGAAGAAGGGCGGGCGCGGCGUGGAGAUUGUGGAGCCAGAGGACAGGAAGUGGAAGGCGAUGCUGGAGGAGCCGCCGGUGUAUAAUCCGCCCAGGGCUCAGACACCCGCGUUCCACGCCAUGUCUGCGUCCCGGAAUGUCCAAGGACCGCUGAUCUACGUCAACUACUGCGACAAGAAGGACUUCAAGAGACUGUGGGACAGCGGCGUGGAUGUCCAGGGUGCUGUGGCCCUGUGCAGGCUCUACGGUACACAGCCAGACCUGGCCAUGAAGAUCAAGUCGGCACAAGACGCGGGUGUCGUCGGUGUGCUCGUCUACUCGGAUCCGGCCGAAGAUGGUUUCAAGAAGGGAAAACCUUGGCCGGACGGCAAAUGGCGACCUGCGGACAGCGUCCAACGCGGCUCAGCUGCGCUGUCCAACAUGAUUCUCGGCGACCCGCUGACACCUGGCAAGCCAAGCACCAAGAAGCAGGAUCGUAUGCCCAAGGACAAAAACCCUGGACUGGUCAAGAUUCCCAGUUUGCCUCUGUCCUGGAAGGAUGCGCAGAAGCUGUUACAGUCAUUGGAUGGAAUCGGCGAAGAACUGCCGGAGGAUUGGACAGGCGCCGUGCCGGACGUGGGCGACAAAUGGUUCUCCGGCCAUCCUGACAAGUCGCCCAGGGUCAAUCUGAACAACCUCCAAGACGAAGUCGAGCAGCAGCGCAUCACCAACGUCUUUGGCUCUAUCCGCGGCCUCGAAGACACGGCUCACAAGAUCAUCGUCGGCAACCACCGCGACUCCUUCUGCUUCGGUGCCGCAGACCCUGGCUCCGGCACCGCCAUCAUGCUCGAAGUCGCCCGCGUCCUCGGCGACCUACGCGCACAAGGCUGGCGUCCCCUCCGCACCAUCGAAUUCGCAUCUUGGGACGCGGGCGAAUACAAUCGCAUCGGCUCAACCGAGCACGUCGAGGCCAACGUCGACUCCCUCCGCGAGAACGCCCUCGUCUACCUCAACAUCGACGCCGCCAUCACCGGCGACAAGCUCUGGGCCAACGGCUCGCCCCUCUUUACACACGCCUGGCACCGCGUACUCGACCGCCUCAACGAUCCACACAACGACAACAAGACCCUCAAAGAAGUGUGGGAAAUGCAAGGUUCCUCCGUCGGCAACCUCGCCGCAAACCGCGACUCCGCCCCCUUUCAGUUCAUCUCCGGAACCUCGUCUCUCGACUUUGGUUUCGCCGCCCCGAAAACGGCUCACCCCAACACCAUGGCCGGGUCGUGCUACGAGACUUUCGAUUGGAUGGCGCAGCAAAUCGACCCAGGCUUCCUAUACCACCAGCUCCACGCCCAACUCCUCGUCCUCCUCAUCCUCGAACUCAGCCAAGAGCCCAUCAUACCGCUGCGUCUCACAAACUACGCCUCGCAUCUGCAGCGCGAGGGCCAGAAGCUGCUGGACGAAACAGAAAAGGCUGGAGGCGACUACGAUAUCGAGAUCUUCGAGCCGCUGGUGCAGAGUUUGUCGGGACUGAAGGGUAAAGCGGACGAGUUCCAUAAGUGGGAGACGUUUUGGUAUAAUCAGGUUUAUGCGACGGGCGGCUUCGAAACUAGCGGCAUCACCCUGCAGCGCAUCAAUCACAACAACAAGAUGGGACGCUUCGAAACGUUACUGCUGGAUCUGCCGACGGAUAGCAAGGAUGCGAGUCCGCACGGUUUGCCCGGCCGCGAACAGUUCAAGCACGUCCUCUUCGCGCCGUCGAUAUCGAACGGACGUGAGAGUAGCGUUUUUCCGUUUGCGAGAGACGCGAUUGAGAAGAAGGAUUGGGCGCGGGCGAAGGAGGAGAUCAAGAAGACGGCGGAUUAUUUGAACAGAGCGAGUGAUAUGCUGGCCCAGGGGUAAUAGCGACAUGGUUUUGCAUAAACCGGCGUUUUGGCGACAGGGUGCAUUGGGAAGAUGUGUGGAUGUUUAUCUCAUAGCGUUGUGCAGCGCUUUACCGACCCCGUACUUUCGUUCUCUACCUUUUCCUCUAUCAAAUUCAUCACGCGACGCGGCGUGUAAAAACCUCAAACCCCAAUCCAUCCCUCCGCAGUUUUUCAAGCUUGGCCAUCGUGUUCCCCAAGGUCUCUCGCUG